AUGAAGGUUUCCAGUAUCGUCUUGAUGACGAUUGUCGUGUCACCCUAUGCUUCAGCUUUUGUGUUGCCCAACCAAAGAAUACCAAACAACGAUGUCCAAUCCAGAAGCGGGGGUCCUUUCGGUGGAUAUCUGAAUCCACCAUCCGAUCGACUGUCGCCACUUCGAUCUUAUUUGGAUUCCAUUGCUGGCAGCAAUGCCAAUAACAACGACAGAAGCAACAAUAACAGCAACAACAACAACAGCUAUGGGCAACCAGGAAACAAUGCACCUGAUUCUAGAAGAGACAACCGUCCAAAUUCUCAGCCACCCUCCGGUACUUCAUAUGGAAGCCCUCCUCCGCCUGCUCAACCCAACAUGCCAUUUGGUCAUGAUGGGAAUUCAAAUUCAAAUGCGCCGGGUCGAGGCAUGAACAGUAUGCAGCCGCCGCAAACACAGUCUAUCAAUCCUACUAACGCACAGCCACCAUAUGGGACACAACCACCACCACGACAAUUUUCGACAGAACCUUCCAGCUUUGGACAGCAACAGAAUCCGCCACCACCGCCGCAACCACGACCGCAACAACAGCAGCAGCAGCAACCACAAAUGGGAGGCAUGACAUCGUAUUCCCCGUUUACUCCGUCAUAUGACAAUACCAAGGCAGCACCUGGAAGUCAGCAAUCAUUUGGAUCCCCAACUGGUGUUGGUCCUCAACAACAACGGGGAACUCGGUCGAUAUAUGACGUCGAAACAACCAUGGGAGGAGGAGGAGGAGGUAGUGGACCAUCCUUUUCGGCGGCUUCGUCGUCACCAUCAACAACAACAACAACAGCCAAUCCAAAGCAGUCAAAUCCGACAGUACCAAGUUUGAAUGCCACCUAUCAGGCUCCGGCAUUUGGGUCCAAGCCAGGAACUAGCAACGCAUUUGGUUCUUCCACACCACCACCACCACCACCACCACCACAACAACAACAACCACCAUUAGGCUCCACAGCAAACUUUCAAGUGGAUCCCAAUCGAUCAGGAAGCUUCAAUGGAGGACCACCUCCUCCUGGAUACCCCAAUGGACCUGGACCAGGUAGCUACGCUGGAGGACCACCUCCUCCAGGCUAUCCGAAUGGACCAGGGCCAGGAAGCUUCCAUGGAGGGCCACCACCUCCAGGAUAUCCCAAUGGACCUGGACCAGGAAGCUUUGCUGGGGGACCACCACCUCUUGGACAACCACCGUUGCCAAGAACCAAUGGCGGAUCGUUUGGAACACCUCCGCCAAAUACGAAUGCACAAAGACCAACCAGUCCUCAACCCGGCCAACCACAGGCAUUUUCACCAUUCGCCUCGUCGUCAUCAGGCGGUGGAAGGAAUAGUUUUGGGUCAACUCAAUCGCGUCCUGGUACGGCAAGUUAUGGAUCGCCUCAAUCGCCAGCUACUACGGCAGGAAGUUAUGGAUCGACUCAAACACCAGCUACGACUGGAAGCUACGGAUCGACUCAAUCGCCAGCUACUACGGCAGGAAGUUAUGGAUCACCUCAAACACCAGCUACAACGGCAGGAAGUUAUGGAUCGCCUCAAUCGCCAGCUACUACGGCGGGAAGUUUUGGAUCACCUCAAACACCAGCUGCAACUGGAAGCUACGGGUCGCCUCAAUCACCAGCUACUACGGCGGGAAGUUACGGCGGAAACCAACGACAACCUCCACCGGGAGCCCCGGGUGGAUCAUCAAGCUUUGGUGGCGGAACUGCAACAGGAUCACGCUCAAGCUUUGGUGCAAAUGCACCACCAGCAGCGGCAGGAAAUGGAAAUCCUCCUCCGUUUCCAGGGACGGCGGCAACCACUAGUUUUGGUCAAGGUCAAGGUCAGACUCCCAAUCCAACGCACUCAUUUGGAAAUCCAGCGACAGGUACUAGUACGACUCCUCCACCAACCUAUCCAGGCUCCACUAGCUAUGGUCAAACCACUCCACCACAACCAGCUACUUCUUCGUUUGGAGCACCAGGUGCAAGAGAAACACCAAGAGGAGCCCCAGGUGCAAGAGUAGCUCCAGGAAAUACUAGCUAUGGGAACACACCUCCCGCAGCGCCAACGAACAGUUAUGGUGCUCCGGCGACAACAAGUUUUGGGGCACCUGCUACUAGCAGCUAUGGCAAUCCUGGAACGAAUAGUUUUGGUGCUCCAGCAGCAGGCAGCUUUGGCAACCCUGCCACUAGCACUUUUGGGGCACCGGCAACCACGAGUAAUACCGACAGCGUGAUGACCGCCAACUUGAAAGCAGAAAACGAGAAGCAGCAAAAGAUGAUUGCCGAUUUGACGAACGAAAAAUCCAAGAUUGAAGGUUCGUUGAAAGCAUUCAGUGACGCCGACUCGGUCUCGAAAGCGGCCAAACUGAGCUUAGAAGGCGCCAACAGAGACUUGCAAGAGACUUUGAAGAAGCUACAAAAACAGCUGUCCGACGCCGAAGAGACCAUUAAGCAACUUCGAUCCGAAAAGGAACAACAGAAAUUGCAACCACCACAGACUGAACAGCGGUUAACGAAUUCAUUUGGUACGAACCAACCAGCAACUUUUGGACAGCAGCCGCUAGCGCAACAAACUCCACCAGCAGAUUCUCUUUCUGCAGGCGCAAACAUUCGGAAAAAAUGGAAUGAAGCUACUCAAACGUGGGAUAUUCUACCAGACUCCGAUUCGAAGCUACCGGUACAAUCACAAAAGCCAGGAGUCAAUCCUUCUCCUUUUGCUCCCAAUCAAGCUGCUGGUAAUAAACCUGGCGGUAGCAGAUUCCAGUCCUUUAACGGUGAUGGAUGGGGCUCUAGUCCAUCAUCUUCCACAUCUAAACCGGCGACACCACCCGCAACCAAGAAGCCAAGGGAAUCAACAGAUAGUGGAUGGUGGGCACUUGAAAAUGAAGGUGGAAGACGGCGAACUGGUAGUCACAACGGCGACGGGCUAUAA